CACCAGGUCUUCCCCGGUCAGGGUCGAGCUGGGGUCCGGGUUGGAGGCGGGCCCAGGCCCGGGGCCCUGCCCAGCAGGCGGGCUCUGGCCUGGACGACGUAGGAUCUCCUUCUCGGGGCCAAUUCUGCCUCUGGGGCGCACCCGGGUGGCCUUUCCGGGCCCGCAGCUUCCUCCUGCAGUCCAGCCCCUCGCGCUCCCGCCCCCCUCCCUCGGCCCUAGUCUGGCCGGGCCUCGCGGCGACGGCGGCACCCAUGGUAGCAGCGAUUGGGUUGCGCCCCGCCGUGUCCCCGAGUCCCGGGAGUCGGCGCUGCGCGGCAGGAGCAGCCAUCCGCCACGGAGAGCCCAGCUGUCAGCUGCCUGACAGGAAGAUGCUGCGUGGAUGGGGCGGCCCCAGCGUGGGUGUGUGUAUGCACACAGCCCUGGGAAUGCUGUACUUCUGCCUCACAGGAGCUGUGGAGGUCCAGGUCUCUGAAGACCCUGUGGUGGCCCUGGUGGACACUGAUGCCACCCUCCGCUGCUCCUUUUCCCUGGAGCCUGGCUUCAGUCUGUCACAGCUCAACCUCAUCUGGCAGCUGACAGACACCAAACAGCUGGUACACAGCUUCACUGAGGGCCAGGACCGAGGCAGUGCCUAUGCCAACCGCACAGCACUCUUCCCCGACUUGUUGGUACAGGGCAACGCAUCCUUGCGGCUGCAGCGAGUCCGAGUCACCGAUGAAGGCAGCUACACGUGCUUCGUGAGCAUUCGGGACUUUGACAGCGCGGCUGUUAGCCUGCAGGUGGCAGCCCCCUACUCGAAGCCCAGCAUGACCCUGGAGCCCAAUAAGAUCCUGCGUCCAGGGAACAUGGUGACCAUCACGUGCUCCAGCUACCAGGGCUAUCCCGAGGCUGAGGUGUUCUGGAAGGAUGGGCAGGGACUGCCCUUGACUGACAAUGUGACCACAUCCCAGAUGGCCAAUGAGCGGGGCUUGUUUGAUGUCCACAGCGUGCUGAGGGUGGUGCUGGGUGCUAAUGGUACCUAUAGCUGCCUGGUACGCAACCCCGUGUUGCAGCAAGAUGCUCACGGCUCAGUCACCAUCACAGGGCAGCCUAUGACAUUCCCCCCUGAGGCUCUGUGGGUGACUGUGGGGCUCUCUGUCUGCCUUGUGGUACUGCUGGUGGCCCUGGCCUUUGUGUGCUGGAGAAAGAUCAAGCAGAGCUGCGAAGAGGAGAAUGAAGGCGCUGAGGACCAGGACGGGGAUGGAGAAGGCUCCAAGACAGCUCUGCGGCCUCUGAAACACUCUGAAAACAAAGAAGAUGAUGGACAAGAAAUAGCCUGACUGGGAGCUGCUGCCUUUCCCAGGUGGGGAACCUACUCUCUGGCUGUGUUGAGCUUCAGUGUGAGCCCCACCCCCAAUGCAUGGGUUCUGCUCCACACCAUUCUUCAAAGGAUGUGGUACCCACAGCCUUAUUUCUCUGAUGGACUCGAUUCCCAUCAGCCUGCAGCCUUAUUUUUCCAGUGACACAAUACGCAACCAUCCUGCGGCCUUAUUUCUUAAGGACACGACACACAGACCGCUCCACCUCGUUGUUCCUCUAGAGUCAUCCAGUGGCCUUGUUUUUCCAGUUACACCACACGUGAGCCUUCCUUCGGCCUUAUGUCUUAUGGACACACACAAACCACCCCACCUCCUUGCUCCUCCAAAGUCACACAGACUGUGUAACUGCUGUUGGUCUCCAAGGCACAUAACUAACGAUUCAGAUGAACCCCUGCCAUCUUUAUCUGAAGCCAGCUGCACAGUCAUCUCUUGGUUUUUCCCAAGGCCCUGAUACAGCUCACUUAUUGCUCCUCAACACACACAGGUACAGUGAUACUUGCAGCUGUACGUGCUGGACCACGUACAGACUUGCCUUGCAUGGUGUCCUUGGCUGCCCUGGGCUGUGCCCAUUCUCCCCACAGGAAGCAGGUACUGGUUGACCUGGUUCUCAGAGCCCCUCAGAGGGUCAGCCUUCAUCCCUCUGCUUUCCCAAGUUUGAAAUCUUUGUUACUUUUACUUUCUUAGUUAAAUUAAGGUCUGUAGGGCCACCAUAGGGAUCAGCACUGAACUGGGUGCCAAGGUCCUGCAGCAAAAUCAGAGUCCGUUUCCCUUGAGACCUCAGCUUCCAGCUGGGAAAUGGCUCCCUAUUGUACCCAUCUGUGCCCACAGUUUCUGGAUACCUCACUCUCAGCCCACACUGUCUCUGAGUAGGGGCAGAAACCAGGAGAGAGCACAGCCCUUUGCCAUACUUGGAGAACUGGGUGUUUCUAGAAUUUUUCUAGAUGUGGAUGGAGGCAGCAGCCUAUGUCACACUGGGACCGUCUCAACAGCUGGAGCCCCCGAGGACAAGAAAGGACUGCUCCUUACCAUGGUGCUAUUCUGGAGCUGGGGCUUGUAGCUGGCUUGUCUCCAACAGCCCUGGCUUCUUGCAGAGCAGAACUUCUGGUGUCCCCUUGAAGGCAUCUCUCCCACCCCAGGACUAGAGAAUGUGAGGAUAAUCUACAUGGACUCUGGCCAGGCGUCAGGGUGCACUCGGAAGGCAAAGGCAGGAGGAUCUCUGAGUUUGAGGCUAGACUGGUCCACAGAGCGUGUUUCACAAUAACUGGGGCAACACAGAGAAACCAUCUCAAAAGACAAAACAAAAAUAAAAUAAGAAGUAAAUCUGGGACUCUGUUAACGGGGUGCACUGUGGGAGAAAUAAAUGCCUUUGUCUUUCUAUAGC